GGCAUUUAUUUAAUCUCAUCCAUCCAAACACUCUCUCCAAAACCCAAACUCAGCUCAACUCACCCAACCCAACAAUGGCGACCAUGGCCUCACCUUCCACUUCUCUAAUGGCUUCUUCCUCCUCCCGACCUCUCUUCACUUCCACCAAACCUUUCCUCUCCCUCCAAUUCCAAUCCCUCAACAAAUUCCCCCUCACGCGCCGCCCCCAAAUUUCACUCUCCUUCCCCAAUCGCAAAACCCUAACUCCAAUCGCCGCAGCUUCAACCGCUCCUCCUUCUCCUCCUCCGACCGAGUCUCAACUCGCCGGGUCAACUCGGACUCUCACAACGCUCUGUGCCCUAAUCUUCGCAAUAACACGUAAGCUCUCCGUUCCAAUUCUCAAUCUCAAUUCCCAAACUCAUCUCCGCCUUGUUUCCGCCGCCGGACCCUUGUUUUUCGCGGCGCUCCGAGACCGACCCAGUGGCUACCUCAACACGCCGCUGACUGUGGUCGCCGCCGGGCUAUCGAAGUGGCUCGAUAUAUACAGUGGGGUUUUGAUGGUUAGGGUUUUGCUGAGUUGGUUUCCGAACAUUCCUUGGGAUCGUCAACCGCUUUCCGCCAUUAGAGAUCUUUGUGAUCCUUACUUGAAUCUCUUUCGCAAUAUUAUUCCGCCGGUUUUUGAUACAUUGGAUGUUAGUCCUCUCUUGGCUUUCGCCGUUCUCGGAACCCUAGGCUCGAUUCUCAGUAGCAGUACCGGAAUUUAGAUCGGAGAAAGAUUGGGUUUUUAAUCGCCGGCAAUAGUAAGUUGUUUUAAAACCUCUAUAAAAUUUAGGUAGCACAUGAAACGGGUAUAAAUUUGAAGAUGGAGGACAUUUUCAUCAUCCCAUUUUGGAUGUGGGACUCUUUCUCUAGAAGAAAUGACUAUUAUGACUAUUCCAAUGUGUAGAAGAGAAAUGACUAUUCCAAUAUGUACAAGAGUAACCAAAGAACAUUUUAGUAACAAUGUAUGCACACAAAAUAUGCACUAAAAUAUUACAUGUAAUAUUAGUUUAGUGUAUCUUUUAUGUUCAUAUUCUAUUACUCAUGAAAUCAUGUGUUAAGGUGCUUGUUCCACAUAAA